CCCAGGGUGACGUAAACGGCCUUGGGGCUCUCGGUUCUGACUCCAGAACUACUCCCUCUGCAGCUAAGACACAGCACCGGAACUUCAGGUUUCCGUUCCAGUCGUGCCUGAGGUCCUGGAAGCGCGGUGCCCUGGUCUCCCAGGAACUGGGGAUGCGAAGAGUUAACGCGAGCGGCCGCGCUGAAGCGUCCCCCACCGGGCAGGCUAGAAGGAUUGUGCAUCCCACCACCUCCCGGCGCCUUCGCGGUCACGUGGGAACGAGGGCGGGCCCAAUCGAGGAGCCAGCCAAUAGGCUGUGCUGUCCGUGGGCGUGACAGCCAAUAGGAGCAGGGAAAGGGGUCCCGGGAUACGAAGAAACGGCGGCCGGGAGGGGGCUACCGGGACAUGGGGCUUCUGACCAUACUGAAGAAGAUGAAGCAGAAAGAGCGGGAGCUGCGACUGCUCAUGCUGGGCCUGGACAAUGCCGGCAAGACAACCAUCCUCAAGAAGUUCAACGGCGAAGACAUCGACACCAUCUCCCCCACACUAGGCUUCAACAUCAAGACCUUGGAGCACCGAGGAUUCAAGCUGAACAUUUGGGAUGUGGGCGGCCAGAAGUCCCUGCGGUCCUACUGGCGAAACUACUUUGAGAGCACAGACGGCCUCAUCUGGGUGGUGGACAGCGCCGACCGCCAACGCAUGCAGGACUGCCAGCGGGAGCUCCAGAACCUGUUGGUGGAGGAGCGCCUGGCCGGAGCGACCCUUCUCAUCUUUGCCAACAAGCAAGACCUGCCCGGAGCACUGUCCUCUAACGCCAUCCGCGAGGCCCUGGAGCUGGACUCUAUCCGAAGCCACCACUGGUGCAUCCAGGGCUGCAGCGCCGUCACCGGGGAGAACCUGCUGCCUGGCAUCGACUGGCUCCUGGAUGACAUCUCCAGCCGCAUCUUCAUGGCCGACUGAGCCGCUCCUGAUGCCCCCCCACUCAGCUCACAGUCUAGGCACCCCCCACCCCCCACCAAGCACCAUCCCUGGAAGGGUGGGAGUCCGCCAGCCCAACUAACAGCCCCCGCCCCCGUCCAUACCCUGCUGCUGCUACUGCUGCCCACUGCUGCCCUGUGGCCAGCCGGCUCCCAAGGCGGGAGGCCUGUCACCCUGGCUGUCCCCCUGGCUCCUGACCCGGCCCGCCUGCAGCUGCGGGACCAGGAAGAGAGGGCUGUGGCUGGGAGGGGGCUGCCUCUGCUGCUAUCGAGGCUUUGGGCCUCACCAUUUGCUCAGCUGUGAGAAUAAAUUGUUCCCCACUCCCA